GGCACGUUGCGUACCUUCCUCCCAGCAACUGGCCUGGCGGCAACGCGGCCUUAAACCAAGGAGGCGGAGCUGAGAUUGGGUCGGGAUUGCUUGCCAACUCCAGGACCAGGUACCGGGCUGGCGGGGCCGCCUGGUGCGCUCCAGGGAUCGGUCCCUCCUUGCCCUGACGCCGAUACCAUCUCCUCGGGGGCGGGCCUGCGGCAGAGCGGCCAUCCUGAGCCCCACCUCGCCCUCUACGGGCCCCUUUUCACCCGAAUUCUUCUCGAUUCCCGCAACGAGGGGCUGCAGCCCGAGAGCAGAAUAGGCUUGGGCCUGGCCCGGAGACACCGGAGCAGAGUUGCCGGGCGGAAGAGGCGAGCGCCUGCUGCCUCUCCUCUUCCCCCCUCAUUUUCAGAUUACCUAGGAGCAGAAUUAUUGGGUCAUAAGAAGCUGCUAAACCAUUUUCCAGCGUGGCCAUAUGUGUUUGCAUUCCCACCAGCAACGUAUGGGAGUUCCAGUUGGUUGAUAUCAACACUUGGUUUAAAUUUUUGAAAUUGAAGUAGGUCUACACGUUAGGAACUCAUGUCUUUUCUUGUAAGUAAACCAGAGCGAAUUAGGCGGUGGGUCUCGGAAAAGUUCAUUGUUGAGGGCUUAAGAGAUUUGGAACUAUUUGGAGAGCAGCUUCCGGGUGACACUCGGAGAAAAACCAAUGAGGCGAGCGCAGAGUCGAUAGCAUCCUUCUCCAAACAGGAGAUCAUGAGUAGCUUUCUGCCGGAGGGAGGGUGUUAUGAGCUGCUCACCGUUAUAGGCAAAGGAUUUGAGGACCUGAUGACAGUGAACCUAGCAAGGUACAAACCAGCGGGAGAGUAUGUGACAGUACGAAGGAUUAACCUAGAAGCUUGUUCCAAUGAGAUGGUGACAUUCUUGCAGGGGGAGCUCCAUGUCUCUAAGCUCUUCAGCCAUCCCAAUAUCCUGCCAUAUCGAGCCACCUUUAUUGCAGACAAUGAGCUGUGGGUUGUCACCUCGUUCAUGGCAUACGGCUCUGCAAAGGACCUCAUCUGCACACACUUCAUGGAUGGCAUGAAUGAGCUGGCGAUUGCUUACAUACUGCAGGGGGUGCUCAAGGCCCUGGACUACAUCCACCACAUGGGAUACGUGCACAGGAGUGUCAAAGCCAGCCACGUUCUGAUCUCAGCGGAUGGGAAGGUCUACCUCUCUGGUUUACGCAGCAACCUCAGCAUGAUCAGCCACGGGCAGCGGCAGCGUGUGGUCCACGACUUUCCCAAGUACAGUAUCAAGGUUCUGCCGUGGCUCAGCCCAGAGGUCCUCCAGCAGAAUCUUCAGGGUUACGAUGCCAAGUCUGACAUCUACAGUGUGGGAAUCACGGCCUGUGAACUAGCCAAUGGCCACGUCCCCUUUAAGGACAUGCCUGCCACCCAGAUGCUGCUGGAGAAGCUGAACGGCACGGUACCCUGCCUGCUGGACACCAGCACCAUCCCUGCCGAGGAGCUGACCAUGAGCACCUCGCGCUCAGUGGCCAACUCUGGCCUGAGUGAGAGCCUGGCCCCCAGCAGCCCCAGGACCUCCAAUGGCGACACGCCAUCCCACCCCUAUCACCGCACCUUCUCACCCCACUUCCACCACUUUGUGGAGCAGUGCCUUCAGCGUAACCCGGAUGUAAGACCAAGUGCCAGCACCCUCCUGAACCAUUCUUUCUUCAAGCAGAUCAAGCGGCGUGCCUCAGAGGCUUUGCCUGAGUUACUUCGUCCUGUCACCCCCAUCACCAAUUUUGAAGGCAGCCAGUCUCAGGAUCACAGUGGAAUCUUUGGCCUGCCUGUGGCCAUCAAACUGCUCUGGGGCUGGAAAGGUCUGAGUGCUGGAGACCGGCUGCUCUGCAGGACCACUUCUGGGCCACUGGAGCCCAGGCAGAAGAGGCUCACUUUUGUCAGGAAAGGAGGUGGAUGGGGUUGUUCUGGAACAGGACUCCGUGUCUCCUCACCGUUGGGACUCAUACUGAAAGAGCAGGUGAGCGCCAUGAGCUGUUCUGUUCCUGACAAGCGUGUGGGCCUCGCUCUUGAGCCACUAAUUCUGUUCCUGCCAUCGCAUGGGAACAAGCUAUGCUUAGGGCUGUGCUUCGUGAAACAGCUUCCAGCUGCGUCAGGGAGGUGGCUUCCCUGUGCUCCCCGCAGAGCUGAGGCUCUACCCCACAAAACCCAGCGGGUGCCGCGGCUCCACACGGGGCCUCCAUCGCCGCCAACGAGCCAUGUUCCAGGCUGCAGGAGCCACCCAGGCCACCCCCUCCCACGAAGCCAAAGGUGGCAGUGGCAGCAGCGCGGUUCAGCGCUCCAAGUCCUUCAGCCUUCGCGCCCAGGUGAAGGAGACCUGCUCUGCCUGCCAGAAGACCGUGUACCCCAUGGAGCGGCUGGUGGCCGACAAGCUCAUUUUCCACAACUCUUGCUUCUGCUGCAAGCACUGCCACACCAAGCUCAGCCUGGGCAGCUACGCGGCGCUGCACGGGGAAUUUUACUGCAAACCCCACUUUCAGCAGCUGUUUAAGAGCAAAGGCAACUACGACGAAGGCUUCGGCCGGAAGCAGCACAAGGAGCUCUGGGCCCACAAGGAGGUGGACCCCAGCACCAAGACAGCCUGAGGUCCCUCUCACCGUCCACUCUCUCCUCCCUCUGUCGAGGGCCUGGAGCAGGCAGGGGGCAGGGUGGGAGAGAGGUUGGACCCCGGGCCCUGGUGGGGGCAGGGUGGGAAAGGGAUGAGGCCGUCUUGCUCCGGCAGAGGGUCUUGGGGGCAGGGCUCUGCUCCGGGAUUUCUUCCUUCUCUCUCCGUGGGUGGGGGGGUUAGGGAACCAGGACUGGGCUUUGCUCACCAGCCCGCUUCCUGCUGCUUCCAGCCUACCCCACCUCACCCCACGGCCCCCUGGGAAGGCCCCCCAACCCACCUUCCCUAUCUAGGUGCCUUUUCUCCAGCAAGGAGUCAGCAUGCCCCCCUCAGGGUCCCAAGCUCCCUCACUGCCACCCAGGGCCCUGUGUGGCCCCCACGUCUCCCCAUCUACCUCUGCCCUUAGCCUGGUCCUGAGCCAUGGAGACUGCAGGAAGGUGAGCCAGGGUGCCCCCUGCUGGGUCUCUCCAAAUGCCCACCAGGACCCAGUGGGGGAGGGGAGGGAAAGUGGAAGAGCCCUGCCCUCCCACCCCCACCCCCACCCCCACCCCCCAAGGCGAGGCAGGGCAUGCCCAUUAGGGCUUGGGACCAUCUCACACCACGGAAGCAGCAGAAGCUACAGCACCUGCCAGGCUGAGAGCCACAGAGACUGGUGGGGAGCUGGCAGGGUCACGUUUCCUUCUUCUCCCAUUUCUGCAGGUUUUGACUGUUGUAAUCAACCCUAUUUUAAACAUGUUUCAACAGA